AUGGCGGAUAAGCUGGAAGAUAUCAUAUUUAAUCAAUUGCGAUCAGCAGACCCGGAUACAUUGCUAUCUUCGCCUUUAAGGAUGGCAAAUUGGACAUUGUUCGGUCAGCUUUUGGGCGUCAUGAGUAAUAUUGACUUCGAAAGGGUCACUGACCGUUUUUUUGCGGAUUUGGAGAAGAUGGCCAAUACUGCCAACAAAGAUACGGAAGCAAGAGUUGAACUUGUCGUAAAAGGAAUGAGCUAUAUCAAACUAAAGUUCUUUCCCGAAAUAGCACUUCAAGAAUCCGCCGAUUUUAUGGUAUCAAUGGCCAAUUUCUUCGUCAAAUCCCAUGGUUUCCGCGCGAAACGUGCAUACUGCGAAAUCUUUUCAAAACUUCUACUCCCUAUCGCCCCCACCGCUAAAACAGAACUCAACCAUCCAACAUGGCAAGAAUUUGUGAAUCUUCUACAUCCAAAACUAAGCGAGAUGAUGGCAAAACCUCGGCAUUGGCACACAGCUUUUCCCCUUAUGGGAACGUUGCUUUGCGUAAGCCCUAACGAUUAUUUCGCCAAUUUUUGGAUGCAUCUGGUCGAGAACAAUCUCCCGAAGCUGAGAGAUAAAGAUAGAUCGAUGCGAGUGCCCAUAGUGCAAACGCUUGCGAGGUUGACUUGGACAUAUCUGUUCCGCUGUACGGAAAGUAUGAACAAUACCACCAAGAAACUAGAAAGGAUAAUUCAAAUUCUCUUGACAAGAGAUAAGAAAGAAAAAUCGUUGGUGACAGCAGAGCAGCAGGUGGUUGAGCCUUGUAUUCAACUUAUUCGUUUCAUUGGGUUUAAAUACCAGGAUCUUUGUUUCCGGACUGUUGUAUUUCCAUUAUUAAACGUGGAGCUGUUGUCGGGGGCGAAUAUAUUGAAACUAGACCAGUUAUCACCAGAAGGAAUGGUUGUUGGUAUUAGGGCAUUUCUGGCCAUCAUGGCAGAUUUGGAGAAAGGCGAAUCCGGCCUACCACCAUUCCCGGAAACGUUUGCCUCAAAUCCUCCAGAGAAGAUUCCGCCUACUUCAACAUGGCUUGCUAAAAUCGAGGCGGAAAAGAAGGAUGGCGUCAAGGUGAAAGUGGAUCGCAGAUCACAAGCAGUUGCAGUGGAAAAGCUUGGCUCGACUGCAAAGGAAUACUACGAUCGUUUCUGCGAGAUGCUCGGAAAAAUCAUCGUUCUCUGCGACAUAAACUUUGGCGGCCAAGCAGUUCUGGAUGAAAGGUUUGCUGCAGUGCCCAAAACACCGCUAGAAAACAAGUUUUCCUUUGGGAUCCGGGAUGAUACAAGAGGAGAUGCUGCAGAGCAGAGACAAAGUUUUUACGAACUUCUUCACGUUGCUAUAACGGCGCUCCCUCGAUGUCUUCCCCCCAAUAUCCCUUUUUACAAAGUUGUUACGCUUUUGUGCAGCGGAACAGCACAUAUCGACCAGAAUGUUGCUACCGCCUCCGCGAACGCCUUAAAAAGCAUCGCUAGACAGUAUAAUUCUCAACAAGUUAUCAUUGGCUUUGCAAGGUUCAUCUUUGCGUUUGAUGAGCGUUAUUCCACAACUUCCGAUGGUGGAAUGCUAGGCAGUGGUCACAUUGAAAGCACCCUCAAACUUUACAUUGACCUGUUACGGAUAUGGCUCGAGACGAUCAAACAAAAGGUCAAAGGUACUAGGGAUGCUGCUUCAGCGGCGGCAGAAUCAUCUUCGAUUUUGGAUGAUCGUGGACUCGGAAACCGUAGUGAGGAGCUGGAAUAUUCUAACGUACAAGCCCACGUAGAUGAGAUUGAGUCAAAUGGGCUGUUCUUUUUAUGCUCGCAGUCAAGGGUGGUGAGAAGAUUUGCUAUCAUGGUGUUGAGAAUCAUAACAGAGUUCGAUGUGGUCUUGAGUGAGCCUGCAGAGAUUGGUGGGAAAGCAGGCGCACAUUCGAGAAAACCCAGCCGCACCUCAGUAUCUCCGGCAUAUCCACGAAUUAUCCACAUUUUGGAGAGUGAUUCAUUAAAUGUUAUGAAUCUGAAUGAUGAGAAUCUGCCUGUGGCGGAACGGAGUAGGCUUCAAAGAGAAUUGAAGGAUUCCAAGUCGAAGGAUGCAUUGGUGCAGAUGGCAAUAAGCGACAAUCAAUACGAUUCGUCUCUGUGGUUUAGGGUAUUCCCUAGCCUCAUUAGGGUCUGUGUGGAAAGGUGUCCAACUACUGUAGCUCUCUGUAGAGAUUUGGUGUGCGGGCGUUUGGUCCAGAUGCAUCAAUCGAUAUGCGCCAUCGCACAAACUUCUAGGGCGCCGAACUUGGGAUUUGAAAGUGUACCAAAGCAGAUUCUGAGAGCAUUACCUCAGACUAGUCCAGAAGUUAUGAUUGAGCAAUGGAAGCUGUAUUUGAUCGUAGCCUGCUCAACAUUAACUUCAACAGACGGCGAGACAUCGGUAUCACGGCCACGGACUCCACAACAUGCAAGAAAACCGUCGAAAAACCAGACCCCCCCGGCACCCUACCGCCUUAAUCGGAUCACUUCAGCCAGAUCUGUGUUCCAAAUGGUUAUUCCACUACUGAGUUUAGAUAAUCAGAGGAUCAGGGAGGCAGUAGUUUCAGGACUAGGGAAUAUCAACAUCAACCUUUACAAGACGCUAAUCGAGAGCCUUCAACCUACAGUCCAGAAGUGGAGUUCUGAAGACUUGAUAACAAAAGGAAAGCGAGUCGAUUCGCCCCGACGGAACCGACGUCAAGAUCGACUUAGAGCCGAAGUGACCCACGUAUUCCAGCUUACAUCACACUUCCUGCAGAAAGAGGAGGUUUUUAAGGAUAAAUGGAUUUUAGAGAAAAUGAUAGCCUUCAUAAAGGAUAUGAAAGUGUUCCUCCAGGACCCAGAAGUACAGACCGAUUGGGAGCAUCAGAAACUUCGAAGGUACUUUUGUGGGCUCACUGAGGAGUUAUUUGAGGGCCUUAAAAAGGCAGGUGUUUCUGUGCAGUGGCUUCCGUUCCAGGGCCGGCUAUCGAUUUAUAUUCUAAUGCAGGAUUGGUGCGGACAUGGGCCAAAUUGGCAAGUCGUCAAGGAUAGAGAGGAAAAAAUGAGGCAAAUAGUAGAUAGCCAACGGGACUUAACAGAUAAAGGGACAUUAGGGGCUGCCAUGGAGAUUGAAAAGAGGAAUCUCAAAAUUGCUGCAUUAAGCGCGAUGGCAUCACUCUGUGCCGGCCCUGUUAUGGGCGACCUCUCACAAAAUGUUGCGCCUAUGCUUGAAUUCAACGUCGAAGAGCUUUUCCGAUGGAUCGAAUCCAUUUUCGCAUCGCCAAGUGAUAGGACUCACCGCAUUGGACGACGAGCGCUCAAAAACAUUUUAUUAUAUAACCAACAAACAGUUUUACUGAACAAUGCUAUGAAACGAUGUUAUUGCUUUGACUCUUCAGCAAAAGCUACACAAAGCUAUUUCGCUGUUAUUUCGGAGGUGCUCAGAGAGGUUCCGGAUUAUUUGGAUGGCGUGUGGAAAAUCAUGGCACUUUGCUUAUUUAAGCUGGGUGACGAGAACGCAGAAGUCAGACUACAGGCGGCAAAAUUGCUGAGAGUAACGGAGGAACGUGCCUGGAAUAUUUCAAGGGUUCAAGAUUUUGAAGUCAGCAUCUCAGAUAAAACUGUUGCCGUUUAUAAACGUGCACAGUUCCAUCUUUCGAAAGGCCUCUCGAUAGAUCAUCCUGAGCAGGCAAUGUUUAUAUUCUCCGAACUCACUAUGUUUUUCAAUCUUACAGAGGGGAAGGCUCAAAGGGACAUACUACACGCCCUGCUGCCCUGGAUUCAAACCAUCGACCUGGCUCUUGAGCCCAAUGGAGAUCUAUUCCCCUCGUCAUAUAUGGUCCUUGCGAACUUGUAUGAGAUUACAGUUAAGUUUAGCAGCAAGAUCCACAGUGAAAUUCAAGCUGUGUGGCAGUCUCUUGCGACAGCACCGUUUCUCGGUAAUGUGCAGGUCAUUCUAGAUUUCAUUUUUAAUCAGAGUCUUGAACGCCGUGAACAAAACUUUGUCGAGUUUGGAAAACAGGUCAUUGUAUUCUUAUCUGAAACCGUUGCGGGGGCGAAAUUGGUGGAGGCUUUGAUGGGAUACCUUCAGCCAAGAUUAAUGAUAAUCACAGUCAAAGAGCCUACACCACCACCAGAUGCAUCCCAGUUUCCGUACGUAGCGGACUUGUCAAAGUGUGUCCCAAAUAGCGGGAAGCCGACUGGUUUCUCUUUUGGACACCUUGCAAUGAUAAUGAUGGUCGAUCUUCUCGUUGGACCUGUCCCCGAAAUGGCUGAGAAGUUGACACUGCUCUUGCAAGUUGUAUUUGUUCUAUGGGACCAUUACGUUCCAUUAGUCCAAGAGCAAGCAAAGGAGAUGUUGAUACAUCUCAUACAUGAGUUGGUUAUUCCUGCACUUAACCAGGAAGAGGACCGUGCGACGAGAAUUGCAACACUCGAAUUUAUUGAGACUGUUCGACAACGCGAUGGCAAGACUUUCUGGUCUUACGAAGAGAUCAGCUCUACGGAGGAAAAUGGCCUCCGAGUUCCAAAAUCGAUGGGUCACAUGAUCACAUGCGUACUUGAAAUGUUCUCGACCGUGUCGCCGGGAUUGAAGCCUGCCUGGGGUAAGGUUGCGCUUUCAUGGGCAACCACAUGUCCAGUACGGCAUCUGGCUUGCAGAUCAUUUCAGGUCUUCCGGUGUCUUCUUACCACACUAGAUCAUGGUAUGCUGUCGGACAUGCUUGCGAGAUUGUCAAAUACGAUUGCGGACGACGUUGCGGAUAUACGAUUAUUUGCCAUGGAAAUUCUUAUCACACUGAACGCCAUCAUUGCAGAGAUGGACGAAGAAUAUCUCUUACAAUAUCCUCAGUUAUUUUGGGUAACUGUUGCUUGUUUGAACACCGUCCAUGAGGGUGAAUUUAUGGAGGUCCUAUCACUGUUGGAAAUGUUAUUAGACAAGAUUGAUUUGGCAGAUCCAGCUAAGGUUAAUUAUCUCAUGGAUGCAUUCCCGCCAAAAUGGUUCGGCAAAUUCGAGGGGCUUCAGAGUCUUAUCGAUAAAGGACUCCGGUCCUCGGUAUCAUUUGAAAAGACUUUAGCAGUGUUCGAUAAACUCAACAUGAUACCCACAAAUGAACUUGUUGGAGGCGAUAGCAGGUUAUUAUUUGCGAUCUUGGCCAAUCUACCAAGGUUUUCAGAAGCUCAAGAAGGGACGCCUAGCGAGGAUGUCAUUCUUUGUGCAGAAAGAUUGAAAUUGCUAGCAGAGGCCCAGGAACACAAAUCAUUAACCAGGGUAAUGUCGCUCUAUGCCGGUCAGAGGUUCAGAUCGAAAAAGGAUUUCAUAUCACAGACUGUCAACGCUUUGAAGGAGACAUUUUUCCCCACCUAUGAGGCUCAAGCCUUGAUCUUCCUAGUUGGACUCCUCUCGAACAAGCUAAAAUGGGUCAAGUUAAGGACAAUGGAAUUGCUGACAAUAAUGCUACCUUCCAUCGAUAUGCGGAAACCAGCCUUUGCUGGAGUGGGCGCCGAUCUCAUUUCACCGUUGCUAAGGUUGCUACAGACAGAUUUUGUUGAGCAAGCGCUCGAGGUACUUGACAAAAUGAUUACUAUUUCAGGCGGACCCAUGGAUCGACACGUGAUGCGGAUGAGUAUGGGUAAUAGGACAAUCCGGAAGGAAUACGAAAAAACACAGACACUAUUUGGGAUACCAGACGAGAGCGGUUGGGCGAUUCCCAUGCCGGCAAUUAAUGCAGUUAUGACAAGAGAUAAUGUUCACGCUGUUUUUUACACUUGUACUCAGGCAGCUGCCGCGGAGGAAGAAGCGCCUCCCACACAGGACGUCGAGUUUCACAUGGAGGAUUAUUCUUACACUAGCAUGCAAGAUAGGACAGCGACAAUGUUGAGCGAAGACGGAAGAGGAGAAGGUGGAUUUAGUGAUACCGUCUUGAGACUGGGCGACUUGGAUGCAUUCUUUGGCGGAGAUGAUAGUGCACCUAACCACAACCAAACCCCAUCACAGACAGACACUGAAUUUACGGAGAGUGGUGAAACUGCCCCGCAAGUCUACGACAACCGAGUGUACGCAAUUCUGAAUAGGUCGCUUGCUCGAACACCCAGUGUUACAUCCUUCCAGACAUCUUUCGCAGAUUCUCUAAACACGCCGGUGGUUACAAGGGACCAACCGCCGGGCGUUAUGACCCCGACUGCAUUCACGGCCCCGCCUAUUCCUUCGUCAAGCAGGUAUGCUCCGAGAUCCGUUUCCUCGCCGCAGAUGCAUAUGAUGGGUCGUACUGGAGAAGAAUCCCUAUCGGAAGCUGAAGAAGAAUACGAUCAUCUACACGGCUCUGACUUGGACCCAGGUGAUUCUACAGCUCCAAUAUCACGCGAAGGGACUCCGGAAAGUGCGUUCCUCUUGGAUAAUCUACUCGAUAGAGGUAUGAGAAGAAUGUUCAAGGGUGGGAGAGACAAGGGCGAAACCUCAUCAGGUAGAGCGCCGUCGAGGGGGCCGACAAGUAGAACCCCCAAAAGCCCAAAGAAUUUCAAGAGAGGAGAGUAUCAGGGGAGGAUGCAUAACGGUUUUUAA